CCCCAGACGGCCAUUUGUAGCGGUGCUAGAGGCUGCGUUCGGCUGCGCUGCAGAGCCGCGAAGAAGAGCGCGCUCCCUGGCCGCUGCGUCCUCUGCCCUGGAGCCUUCCCGGCUCUCAAGCAUAUCGGGCAACUCCCAGCUGGUCCGAGGGAUAGCGCUCCGCGGCCCUCCAGGCCACUCGCGGACCCCGCGCGCUCUACCGCCUGUAACCCAGCCGGCCGCACUCGUCCCCGGAGCCGGGCCUAGGGCGCGCGGCGGCCGGGCUGGGCUCGGGGCGUCCCGAUGGCCGCGGCCGGCUGGCGCGACGGCUCCGGCCAGGAGAAGUACCGGCUCGUGGUGGUCGGCGGUGGCGGCGUGGGCAAGUCGGCGCUCACCAUCCAGUUCAUCCAGUCCUAUUUUGUGACGGACUAUGAUCCAACCAUCGAAGACUCAUACACAAAGCAGUGCGUGAUCGAUGAGCGAGCUGCCCGGCUGGACAUUUUGGAUACAGCUGGACAAGAGGAGUUUGGAGCCAUGAGAGAGCAGUACAUGAGGACAGGCGAGGGCUUCCUGCUGGUCUUCUCAGUCACAGAUCGAGGCAGUUUUGAAGAAAUCUAUAAGUUUCAAAGACAGAUUCUCAGAGUAAAGGACCGUGAUGAGUUUCCCAUGAUUUUAAUUGGCAAUAAAGCUGACCUGGACCACCAGAGACAGGUAACACAGGAAGAAGGGCAGCAGUUAGCGCGGCAGCUCAAGGUCACCUAUAUGGAAGCCUCGGCCAAGAUCAGGAUGAAUGUAGAUCAAGCUUUCCACGAGCUUGUCCGGGUUAUAAGGAAAUUUCAAGAGCAAGAAUGCCCUCCGUCACCAGAACCAACCCGGAAAGAAAAAGACAAGAAAGGCUGCCAUUGUGUCAUUUUCUAAGAGUCCCUUGAGGUUUAGCUAACAACUGCCAGGGAAGCCCUCAUCUCUGCUACCGUUUACAUCAUCCGGUACCUUUGUAGCCUUAGACUGAUGAUCACCGUGCUAGCCUUACACCAAGAAGCUGGCUAAUCCUUUAUGUGAAGCUAAUGUAACGGUCUUUCCCAGACUUGUGUAAAGGAAACACUAAGGCUGCUUCAGACAUUAUCUGAUUCCUUUAAAACACAUGUCUACACACACAGAUGCAGUCUUCAAGGGCUUUUAAUAGAGGUGAACCAAGUUUGGAGCCUGAGCUGUUUGCUAAGCUGAAGUCAUAGGUUGUGAAGUCAUUUUUAACUUCUGGAAUCAUGUUGCCUACUGUUACUCUAAAUAGAAAUAUAGGGAAGGUUUGUUUUUUUUUUUUUUAAUGUGAAUUUUUGCCUAUCUUUAAAACUUCUGAUGUCAACUUUCAUUAACCUUAAAUACACUGAAUGGAAUCUACAAACGUGAGACAUCUCAGACCUUUCCUGAUGCUGCGGCUUUUGUUUUUCCAGUGGCCAGAAUACCAAAAUGCCUGUUGUAUUUAUGGAUUAAAAACUGCUGAUUAAGCCUUUGUAAUCAUGCCUCCCUCAAGAUGACAAUAUUCUCUGUGGCCAAAUGUUUGGACGUAGGUGUCUCGGUGAACUUGAUUUCUUUUCACAGCCGUGGUAAGGGUAAGAGUGAAUGGUUCCUGUCUGUCUUCCUUUUCAAGUAUUCCUGGUUAAGGGAUUAAAAAAGAAACCCCAUACAAGCUAAAGCAGUUUUUGUUUGAUGUAAUAUAAAAUAUGGAAUUGAUCUUUCCAAAGUCAGAGAUGAUUAAUGUUUUUGCUAUAUACUUUUAUACGUUAUUUUCUUAUCAAACUAGUUAACAAGUAUUUUUAUAUGUUUGUAAGCGAAUAUGCUUUCACAGCGUACCUUGUGUAUAUGUAAAGAUGAGUAUUUAAGUCUCACUGUUCACUGUUAACUGACAAAGAGAACGUGGAAGCCACGGCAGCCAUGGCUUUUGUUUGCUGGCUUGGCCCUUGUGACAUCCACUGAUAGCCAAUAAUCAGAAAACCUUCCCAACAGAACGCAACAGGACGAGACUGUGAAGUCACGUUCAAUGUCCCCGCUAGAUAUUGACUGUUAUAUCAAGUAUUAUGUGUAAAACCUCUACCUGACAAUUAGUGUAACUGUGGAUGGCUUCUGACUUUGUUUUUAACUCUGUGGAUUGUGUUUAAGCAAUUCAAAGUGUGUUUCUGGUUUUGAGAGACUCUGAGUGGUAUUGCACAGUGGUCACUUUAUUGAAUGUGUACAACAGCCCCAUGAAGUUUAUAAAGUGGACCCUUGUAUAGCUUCAGGUGCUAGAAUUAAAGUUGAUCUGUUAUCACCAGACAACGCUUGAUGGCUUCUUUUUCGUGCCGGGGCUUUGGUGAGGGCUAUAGACCUGGCUGGAGUAGCCUGUGCCUUCUCUGCACCGUGUCUUAGGGAGUUCUGCAGGUGAUCUUACUGUUCCACUGCUUUCUUGAGGCCAGUGGGUUUUAACUCUUUCUCUCAAGUGUUCACAGAGAAGCCCGAGCUGUAGAGGAGAGAGGGAGGUGAAUAUAUUCACACAGACCCCCAGAGGAUGAAUCCUAAAAUGUCUCUGGCAAAGAGGACCAUGUAUUUAUUUAAAUACAAACAAAAUCACCUAAUUUUAUUGUGUUUCAAAAAUGUUUACAUUAAUGUAGAAUUACUGUUUUAAGUUUCUGGUAAAAUUACUGCCUGGGAAGCUAGUGGAUUUAUCCUUGGCUCUGAUGCCUCUCAGGAACCAUUGUAUGUCCUUGUGGGAGGGGUUCCUGGCUGUCGCCUGAGCCUGGAAUAUCAGGUUCCUGCGGGUUCCCUCAGAUUGUUUCUCCUUUUUUCCCCACUCUGAGCUUCACACUAUAUUUUCAACUUCUGCAAAAUGCUUUUGCAUUUUGGUCUCCUGUUAAUCCUGUCCAGUUAUUUCAGACUGUGUUUUGUUUUCUAGGGUUGUUUUGUUUUGAUAAGGUCUCACUAUGUAGCCCAGGUUGAUCUGACACUUACUGUGUGGUUCAAGUGGACCUUGAGCCCAGGAGUUGCCUGUGUGAGUUUGAGUGUUGGGGUUGUUGGAUAUGUCUCCCACUCCUGGCUGUUUUUGAUCCUCCCCUCCUGACCCCUCCCCUUCCUUCUUUCUUCCUCCUCUCCAUCUCUAGAGUUUUGGUCAGUUCUGGCUGGCCUAGCAUUCACCAUGUAUACAGCCUGGCCUUGAGUUUACAGCUGGAAGCACAGGUGUCUGGCACCCUCCCCCAUGUGUGUGUUCCAGUUUCCCUCCUUACUAAGUUCAUGCCUCUUACCCAGAUCUUCUCGCUCUUUCUCAGAGCCCUGAUGCUGGCCAGGGUCACAACUUCUCAUUUGUGCAUCUAGAAUGGCAAGGUGUGUUUUGAUCCCACAUCUCUGUAGUUUGUAUUUAUUUCUGUUGUGUGGUUUUUAUUUAGUUAUGAUCCCUCUAUAUAGUUGAAUUUUGCUUGGAUGAUAGAAACUGCAUCUUUUUCUGUUGUUGGGUGUGUGGACAUAGCCUUUUCAUCGGCAGGUGUUUGAUUUUGUUCUAGUAACCAGCCUGUAUAUGUGCUGUUCAAUUUGAACCAGAAUUGAAGGCAAUCUGAAGUAGCUUUUCUUUUAGGGAUAGAUUAGUCCACUAUUGAACGUCCUGAGGGACUGACUGGUCAGCACUUUCCAGUGUGGCUUGUGGGAUGCAGACAGUCCCCAGCUCUUGAGAAGCUUGCCACAGCUCAUGGUUCAUUCUCUGACUAAAGUCCAGUUGACCCAGACAUAUACUUAAUACUUGGUAAAGACUCUUUACCCUGUGGGCAGUUUGGGAUUCCCUCUUUCCCUUCACCCUCCACAGUCCUUUUGAAACAGUCCAGAACAUUCUACAGCAACUUCAAGCUGCUUCAAAGGUUCCUUGAGUUCUGGUCAUUUCAGUUCAAGGAAACAUUGUGUCCUACCUGGGAUCUCCCAGGCCUUCCUGUAGCCAGGACUGUUGCUGUAGGCUGAAAGCCAGGGCAGCUUCAAGACUCACUCUGCGUUCUGUCCUCGAACCAUUGUUUUAUACAUUUAGUCUCUCUCACACCUUCAUUUUUUGAGGGAAGAUCUGGUGUUGCCCUGGCCUUGUUCUCCCAGAUUCAAGUUAUCCUCCUGCUUCAACCCCAGGUAACUGGGGGAUUAGGAUUAUGAAUAGUACCCACCCACCAUAGUUCAGUUUCUGAUUGGCUCUGGCAGGAAGAUAAACCCACCUUGUUGAAGCAGGAUCUCAUUUCUGUCUCUGCACUGUGUGUUUAAGGCUGGCUGUCCCCAGAGCUUCUGGGCUGUUCUCCUGCCUUUACUUCUCUUCCCACCGUUGGAGUUCUGGGGAUUCCAGAUGUGCAUUACUACAGCUGGCUUUUUAUAUGUGUUCUAGAGAUUGAACCCUGAGGUUCAGACUCAGUUCUCUACCACCGGGCCAUCUCACCAGCCCCGCACUUCUCUUAAUACUUGAAAAUUACUUUCGGUAAAGGAAAAUUGUCUAAGCAUGUAAUGACUGAAACUAUGAGCCUGUUACUAAUCAGUAUGCUGGGGAAUAUUUUGAGCACUGUGAGAUGCUAAUGAAUGCCAUCUUCUGUGAAGACACCAUGUAUGUUAAGUGAAAACAGCCUGAGAUAGCAUUGCACUCUGAUGGUAACUGUUAAAAAUUAUGUAUGUAAAUUGUAUUUGUCGAGACAUUUUCAGUUACAGAUGACCAAAUGUAGCUCUCCUCGGAUUUAGAACAAAGGUGCACACUUAGAGGCGUCCGAAGUGUGUGGGGCAGGCAGGUGGAGUAGAGCUGGUUGCUGGGAGACCCGUUCUCUGCAUGAGAUCCGGAUAAACUGAAGGUGCUAAGGCAGGGUAGGCAGGUCAGUCCUGACACCAGAACAGCAGGACUGACCCAGGCCCGCUGCCACAGCUGCUCAGACGCCAACCCAGAGUCCCUGGACCCCACCAUUGCUGUCCUGCCCUCUGUCCCUGGAUACAUACAUCACCUCUGAGCCCACGGGGGUUCGGAAGCAGGCACUACCAUUUAAACAUGGCAUUUUAAUAUAGAUGCUUUGCUUCCAUUUCCCACAGGAUCUAAAUCGGAGAAUUAGCCCCGUGCUAAUUGACAUGUAGAUGCUAUUUAUAAUUUGUUACCACAUUUCAAUCAUUCUUCAAAGGGGAUUUAUUUUUAUACUGUCUACUUUGGGCAGUGUGAAUGAGAAGAAUGGCAACAUGGUGGAAAUGGUUGGCUUCCUUGAUUCGGAGUUUUAAGUAGGAAUGAAACAUUUAUGGUUUAGUCUUGUUUGGAUAAUAGUAUGCAUUUUUUAAGGCUAUAAAUAUUUUACUUCUUCAUAGUUUGACUCCAUGUAACAGAAUUUCUUCUAAAGCCGGGCUUUGAAAACUCCAGGUAAGAAUGUCAUAAAUGUAGCUCUUUGAGUUUUCUGACUUUACCAAGCUUUGCUGGCUUGGGACAGUUUCUCUAGUGCUGGAAAUACAGCUUCCACCAUGUGUGAUCCGAAAUUUUGUUUUUACUUGUUAUUGUCUGAAACAUGGAGGCUUAAUGAAAACAGAGCACAGUGGUAAUUUGACAGAGAGAAUGUUUAUGUAUUGACACAUGGAUGGGUUGUGAAGGGUUUCCAGAGUGCCAAAGUGUGCUCAUUCUGCUGUUCGCAGACCUGGGUGCUGAAGGCUCGAAGGAGACCUCACAAAGAAAGCACAGCACAAGGUCUUUAAGUCUUUCACUUCAGGAGGAGGAGGAGCCCAGGUUUUAGUCUCAUUAGCUACAGUAGAUUGUCCUCUGAAAAGACUUGUCGGCAUGGUGACAGGAGAUUGACUCAAUGUCUGAUUGGGAAGCAGCUCUAAACUUCUUACAAUGUGGGUUUGACCAGAUUACAACUGGUUUGGGAUUGGUGUAAGAUAUAUACAAUUAUAAUUUUCCUUGGUUGAGCACACACUACCACUCCUGGCACUAGUUUUCUUUAUGUGGCAAGUUCUUACUAGCUAGAGUGGAAGUCCAAUCAGAGUUUAUUCAUAGUAAGAAAAAAAAUCUUUAUUUCCAAAAUGGUUGGUUAGCCAGAAAAAUGACAAUUACCUAACGGAAGAGUUUUGGCAGGAAAGAUUUGACAGUCACAGACUCCCCAUCGGCUCAGACAGAGUAGUGUGGUUCAUGACGAAAGCAUGUUUCUCCUCUCUUCUUGGCCAUUUCUCAAAUCAGGAUUAAGAUUAUACCCAAGUGGGAGCAGGUGAAAACCCAAGCUGCUGUCGAAGCCUGCCGCCAUCCGACGGGAUUUUGAUUUUCAUGGUUUGAGAAUAAGUCAACAAGAUCACUGGGAGGAUGUGGCAGAAGUAGGCAGGGCAGAUCCUUAGCAGAACAUUUUUGGUGAGGGUGGAAAUUCAAGCCUCGCAUUUCUUUGUUUUAUACUCCUUUGAAGGAGAAAGCAAUUCAUUCAAACAUCUAAAAAUAGUGCUGGAAAUAAUCCAGAUGGCCAGGGGUGUGAUGCCAGCCACCAUCUAGAGGGAGCGCAAGCGCCAUCUUUUCCUGCAAAUGAACUACGUAGCAACUAGAAAAAGACCCAACCCUCCCACCACUUAAUUAUCCUAAAAACAAAGACAGACCCAGUGAGAUUUUUUUUUUAUUUUAAUUGAACAGGCUCUCAUGUGUUAAGGAAAAUACAUGUUCAGGGGUUGUACAUAGAUGAAGCUGGGCAUAUUCUGAUGUUUAAUGCAGAUUCUUAAAGUACUGUAUUCAUAGCACUGUGUGCAUCCGGCCCACAGUAUGUAUUUGGAUGAAGCAGUAAUAAACAGAUUUGCAAAAGGACGUGGUGGUAGUUUUCACAGAUGCAUGAAUAAAACCUGCUGAUGAGCUCACAGCUGAGAUAAACAUCCUCUUACUCUUGAUUGUUGGUUCUUAGACUCCUGGGUUUAGUGUGCUGCUGAUGACUUGGAAGUCAGUGCGAACCCUGACCUUCCUCUGGACUGUCCAUGAAAACCAGGGCCCUGGUCCAGAAAUCAGGCACAGGCAUGCCUGAAUAACAACCCUUGCUUGUAGGUUUGUGUCUUAGUCAUGGGAGUAGUUUAUCUCUCUCCUCUAACUAUAAAAUAUCAUGACUUAAAAAACUUAAGUAGGGAAAUAAUAUUUUUGUUGAGGAAUUGACUUAGGGGCUCUCUGGCAGACUUACCAGGUAGUUCUCAGAGCUAAAAUGCUUUAUUCUAAGGAAGAUUGGGGAAUCUAAAAGGUCUGGAUAUGUGUAGGAAGAUUUUUAAGUUGGCUUUGGAACCAGUGCCCAGUACACUGCAUUGGCUCAGAGAAGGAUCUGCGGACAAAAGGUUGAUGCGUCCAUCCAGCAUUCUGGGACAGUGACGGCACCAACAAUCAAAACUCAACAGAAAUCACGGCUCACAAAUAAAGUAGCCAUCAUCACCUGCCACCGUUGUGGUGUUGACAAAGCAGUCUCGGGAGGUUGGUAACAAAUGCCGCCCACCUUAGAGCUUCUCCUUCAGGGCACUGAAGAACCCAUGACCCUGGAGACUCACCAAGAUAACCUGGAGUUGUGCUAAAUAAAAAACGAGAUGGAUAAACAGGUUUCUGUAACAGUGAGCAGGCCAGAGGCGAGAGAGGAGAAUCCGUCCUCUGCAUUUGAAGGUUGUGUAUCCCGCAUGCUGCAUCCUGGCACCCGAGCUCAUGGUUGCUUCUCCUUGUGGAUGUGGCCAGGGUCUUCGCCCUGCAUGACCAGGGGGAGUCUCCAGAGGGACACACUUCAGUUUAGUACAUGGCGAACCAGCACUACUCACUCAGUGUAGGGAGAGGCUGCCUGCGGGCAAGGGUGCCCUACUUGGCCUGCACUCACCAAGAAGUAUUCAGACAGGAUGUCCCUUGGCAUCCAUAAGACUAUUGGGCAAACCACACCGUAAAAAAAAAAAAAAAAAAAAGACUAGUGGACACAAUUUAAAUCAUCUUACACAAGCAAACAAACCAC